AUGCCUCCAAUCACUCGCCGCAAAAAGGCUUCACAAAAAAGCCCAAUCGUCACCCUUAAAUAUAGAAGAGGGCCAAAAACUCAGAGAAAGCCUACACGCACACGCGAUCAUUCACCGGCAAAAGACGAGUACUACAGAAUUCUUGCCUACGUGAAGUGGGGUGUCGACAACAACCUGGACUUCAAGCACGAUGCUUGCCCCAUGAUCAAGAGCGCUCAGUUUUCGACAUAUCAACAGCUUAGGAAUAAGCUGUACAGGGAGUGGAGGAAAACUUAUGCCAACAGGGGUGGUGGCAAAUUCAGCUGUCUCUACGAGAAUGGACUGGAGAGCCUCGACCUCAAUGAAGAUGAGCUGGCAAAGAUCGAGGCAUUUUACAAAGAUAUCCCCAGCCCGGAUGCUUUAAAAUGCAUAAAAGAUUCUCACGACGAAAAUGACUCGGACCGACGGACAACCGACUUUGGGUUACCGAUCACAGAAUCAAACACAGCAAGCACAGUUGGCGGGCUUGAUUUGCAGCCUUCCCUACUAACAAUACCACUCUCAACACAGGAUAUCGCAGUUCAAGUAGCUGGCAGUGCACAGCCCAACGGAACCACAAUACCACCAAACAUAGUUACAUUGCAGAGACCGUCAGUCACCCAAAUUCCAUGCAAGAGCGCUAUGAAUAUCAAGACCAGCGAGUCCGAACUGGAAAACGAGAUAACCAGUUGCAAAGCCAGGGAACUCGAGCUAGAAACGGAGGUAAUCCGUCUCAAGGCCAGAGAGUUCGAUCUGGAAAACGAGAUAGCACGUCUCAAGAACGAAUAUGAGGGACUAAGAAGUACCUGCUCGAAUCCCGUUGAUGCUGAAGUGAGACAUAUCUUGCAGAAACAAGCGAAGCUAGAUCACCGCUUCGCACAGCGAGAAAAGAAAUUCGAUCCUGACGAUCCCAGCAUGUCAAAAGACCACAUUUCUGACAGGUUCCAUGUCCUGUUUCAUCGCAUCCAAGACACAUGCUCCAACGUGGUCAAUUCUUGGUCACACAAGGCAUUCAGGAGUGAAUUAAACAAAUGGCGUGGAACCCCCGCUGGAGGGUCAAUGACAGUGGAAAACCUGACUGUAGGACUUGUGGGUGCAGCGGUGAUAGACCUCGUUUUUCAGCCUGCCUUCCCUGAUAUUCUAAGCACAAGGUCUGUCACUGCGAACCUAUAUAGGGAAUUUAUUCUACGAUGGGGUGGAGCGGAAUCGCUGCAAAAGGCAGAUUUCCAUAUGUUCGGUUCGCUCAUGGAAAACCGAAAGAAAACGAUCAUUGAUGUAGGCGCAGCAGAAAUUGCAGAUCGCAUAGCCAAACAACUACAGCAGUUCCAGGAACCCCAGCACCAACAUGCGGAAGGCUGGAAACUAAAUGACAACGGAGCAACAAUAAUAUACAAAGACGUCAAAAGCUCAAGCUUUAUGGAUAUGCUCAGGCGGGCUCUUAAUCUCAAGGCCGAAAUGACUGAGAGUGCGUCAAGACUCAGGUUCAUGUACUUCAUGCCGGGUCAGCAUUUUGAGGGCAUAUACAUGAAGAGAUGCUCAGGCUCCGACGACAGUAUCUCAAGAAUCAAGGCUUGCCUGUUUCCUGCUUUAUUCUUGGCAGCUGGGACAGUGGGCUCAGACGAGCAAGUUCUUCAGUACAACGCUGAGUACAACACAUACUUUACCGAACUUCUAGUAGGAUAUAUUCCCUUUCCAUCUACUUUGGUGGCCAAGGCAAUGGUACUCACCUGA